UUUCACAUUUGAGGAGCAUCUGUUGCAAUUCACGACACGAGUCCUGAGUUACGUGGAUCUCUCUCUCCCUCUCCCCCCGGCGACGAUGUACAGAACGGCGGUGAGGCGUCUGCUCGCCGGAGCUGCCUCCAAUUGGCGUCUACGAUCAUCCGAUUACCGACCCACCAUCGUCACUUCCUCUUCGGCUCCUAGAUUUUGCACUUCGGUGAACACGCAAUCGUUGACGGGUCAGUCUGCGAACCCUAAUCAAGCGCCUACGACGUCGUCUCCUUCUUCUUCCACGACUUCGUCGACGGAGGCAGGGGAGGGCCCUCCCCGACACGAGGAGAGGAGGAAGCCGAGAGUCGAGUUCCAGGAGGAGCAGGGUCGCGUUCUCUCGGCGUCGCUCCGACAUGUUCCGAGGUUGGGUUGGACGGAGGAGGCGAUGAUGGCUGGUGCUAGGGAUGUCGGCGUGUCUCCUUCGAUCGUAGGGUCUUUUCCAAGGAAAGAAGCAGCACUCGUUGAGUUCUUCAUGGAUGAGUGCCUGCGUUUGCUCAUCGAUAGAAUCGAUUCUGGAUUGGAUUUGCAGAGCAUGAUCCCAAGUGAGAGAAUCUCUAAACUGAUCAGAACCCGCCUUGAAAUGCAGAUUCCCUACAUCUCGAAAUGGCCACAAGCUCUAAGCAUCCAAGCCCAUCCUCUGAACGUCCCGACAAGUUUCAAGCAACGGGCCAUGCUGAUCGAUGAGAUCUGGCAUGCUGUCGGUGACGAGGCCUCGGAUAUAGACUGGUACGUUAAGCGCACUGUUCUUGGAGGAAUAUACUCGACCACCGAGAUUUACAUGCUGACUGAUGACUCCCCAGAUCAUCGAGAUACAUGGGCGUUCUUGGAGGAGAGAGUGAAAGAUGCUUUUGAUCUGAAGAAGACCAUACAAGAGGCGAAGUAUUUUGCACAGGACAUCGGUGCCGGAGUCGGGAAAUCUGUUCAAGGGCUGAUGAACGGAGUUUUCGAGACGAUGUCCAAACGGGACAAGCCUCCGUUUUGAACAGCGCAGAUUAUCCGACACCACUGGUUCUCUUCUCUCUCGUUUUCAAGAGUCAUCCGACAUAGGUUUUGCGCAAGGUAAGGCAAGGAAGCCAUGUCUUGAAUAAUAUUAGUCUCUGUAUCCUGUUUUACAUGUUUCAGCGCCUACCAGUGAACUUAUUAUUCUAUUUGAUCUCGUCUGAAUCAUAAUACCACAAGUGUUGUUUUAGUUUUGUCUACAAGUUUCAUAACUGUUAUCAUGUCCGAACUUGGUUUGUAUCAUCUUCACAAACUGCUAAAAAAAUAUAGCUGGGUUUAUUUUAUUA